AUGUCUGCUGCUCCUCCAGCAGCUCCUCCACCUGUUGGAGACCCAGGUCUCAACGGCCAUGCUCCCGGCCACAACAUGAAUCUGCCUCGAUUCCAUCCCAUAGCCAUUAAUCCAAACGGACCUGGCUCGACACCUUCAGGACCACCACCAUACCAUCGUCCAUAUGGAUCUCCGUAUCAGGAUCAUCCGCCACCUCAUCAACACUCUACUGGUUCCCUUCCACCUCCUCUUCCACCAGCUCCUGCGCCCCACCAAUACCAACAGCAUCAGCACCAACAUCUUCAGCCUCAGUCAGCACCGCCAUCGCAGCAACAUCAACAACAACAACAACAAAAUCCUCAACAACAUACACAACAACCAGGACCGCCUUCUCGUCCCCCGUCUCAUCCACCUAUACUCCCUGUUCCAAUGACAUCCCAGUUGGACCAGAUCGAGGCUCGGUUACGGCAGAUUGAACAAGAAGAGGGUAGUCGUGCGGCAGCUCGGGCCCAUAUGCUUGCUAUGAGAAGACGGGAAGACGAAGAGUUUCGUAUGGUGACUGAGAGAGCCGAGGCUGAAGAAGAGGAAUUGCGACGACGGAGAAAAAGACUAAAAAGGGAAUCCAUGGGCUUGCUGGACGGUCAGAUGGAGUCACCGCCUGCACCAGCACCGCGACGUUUAUCAGAAACAAGUGCUGCCACAACAUUAGCGUUUUUCAAACAACAGACCCCCCCUGAGCCACGGCCAUCAGAUCUGAGGGCACCGCCACCACACCAACACCAACACCAACAACAAUCCCAUAACCCAUCACCUCCUACAAUCAGUCAACAACCCACGCCAAUGGCCCCAGCCCCAAGUACCUCAAUCAUGUCAAAUCCACACGGCAACACAUUCCGAAAGAAGCAAAAGUACACCAUCAAAAAUGCAGAGGCCUGGGGCGAGCGACAUGGUCGACCCGCAACCUACGAUGCAGAGGGUCGAGCACUGUGGAAACGUCCCUCGGACGGCCGACUCGUGUACCUCGACUGUCCGGCCCCAGACUGCGGCAAAUCCGAUUUCGUCACCUUGCACGGAUUCAUGUGCCAUUUGACCAAAAAGCACAAAGACCGUACACUGGGUAGUCAAUCUCGUGCGUUGGAAGUUUGUGGGACUGUCUAUGACCCUAAUGCGCCGCGGCCACAACGACCCAGCUUGAAAAGAGAUUCGUCGGGGAAUAGUCGUGGAGGAUCGGUGCAUACGGAACCCGACGUGGACGAAGAGGAGGAUGCAUAUUCGACAUCGGCAUCUGAUAUCCAUGAUGAUCAUAAUACCAAUCAACUUAAUCAUCUUAAUAAUGGCCUAUCGCUGCGGGAGAAUACUGUGAAAAAGGAGGAGACAGGUAGUCCGGUUACAUCUGCGUCUGCCGUUGUCGAACAACCGUCUUCGAAUAAGGCCAGCAUCGCAUCCAUGAUUGACGGUGAUGUCACAAACGAUCACUGGGCGAAGAAGUCCUCCAUCCCAGACGGUUCUGAUACCGCAGCACCGGCACUAACAGAGAAUGAGUCUGUAAUAGCCACCACCACUGCCGAAGACGCAGCGGCGGCGGCAGUCCUGGCUGGGCGGACGAUUCAGGUCUAA